AUGGGAAACGUGGUGGCCAGCAAGGCUUUUUUGCCGCCCUACCCGUCGUACGAUGAACAGAUGGCGACGCUAGUGUGGGCCACCUCCAAACUGGGAGACCGCAUUCCCUGCACCUACUGGGCGCACGCAAGACCCCGAUUCACGAUCUUGUUCAGCCACGGUAACGCGGAGGACAUAGGACAACUCAACGACUGGCUGGGCUACAUGUGCCGCACCUUCUCCGUGAACGUGCUGAGCUACGACUAUCGCGGCUAUGGCCUGCACCCGGGAGUGCCCACGGAGGCGUCGUGCUACGCCGACGUCGAGGGCGCCUACGACCUGCUCACCAAGGAAUUCAAGAUCCCUCCAUCGCGCAUUAUCCUAUACGGUCGGUCGAUUGGCUCCGGGCCGACGUGUUAUCUGGGCCAGCGCCUAUGCGCACUCGCGCGAGCCCAAAGCCGACCCUCGUCGUGGCUCAGUCCCUCCAUGUUCUGCCGGGGCGUGCCCAGUGGGGAUGACGACAGCGACCCGAUGUCGGCAAUGCUCCCGGCCGGGUUUGUGCUGCAGAGCCCCAUCGCGAGCGCCAUCCGUGUAGUGUCCACAACGCUGGCCAUGCUGCCCGUCGACAUCUUCGUCAACGUCAACCGAAUCGGCAAGAUCGAGAUCCCGACUAUGAUCAUCCACGGGACCGACGACGAGGUGGUGCCCUACUGGCACGGUACCGAGCUGUACGCCAAGGCGGGCAAUCCCUACAAGGGGGCGGGACACAACAACGUCGAGUGCGACUUCAUGGCGCCGCUCCUCAGCGCGCUGCAGGCCUUCUUCGUCCAUCUCGAAGCCCAGCGACAGGAGGACGAACAGCAAGAGAGCCGCAAACGAGGAAAGAAGAAGGUGGAGGACACCGACAGCGACGACAGUGACGAUAGCGACGACAGCGGAGAGGAUAACGAAAACGAAACCAAUCAAGACGAUUGA